AUGGUGCGAGACUCAGUGCAAGAAGCACAGAACAGGCGCUGGAUGGACAGCGGGUUCUUUCACUCGGAGGAAGAAGAGUUGUCGCCGUUGUCGCCGUCGUAUGAGCAUGAAGAGAAGUUGAGAGACUGCCAGCGCCAGCCGGCUGCCAGCCCGAAAACGUCAGGGCAGCACGAGCCAGAGGACAACGGCACGACCGCCGAGCAGCCGCAACCGCUGGAGUCACAAGUGGACGGGAGAGUGAACGCAGCAACAGAGCUGGAGUCAAUGGCGGAGCCACUCAGGAAGGAGGAGCAGCCGGAGCACAAUGACAGCCAGGCGGAGCCACUCAGGAAGGAGGAGCAGCCGGAGCACAAUGACAGCCACAGCAAUUUGCAGCAGCAGCCGGCUGUCAGCCCGACAACACCAAGGCAGCCGGAGGCCCAACUGGACGGAGCAAAGAAAACAGUAACAGAGCAGCCGCAGUUGGAGUCAGAGGUACAGCCAGUCAGGAGCCAGGCACGCGUGGUUUCGGACUACCUAUCUGAUGCCUACUGGAGUUCCCAUUUGUCACCUAUCAAACCCCGGCCAACUGACAAUGAUGGCAGGAGCCCUCCGCCAACCGUAGUAAAAGAAAGCAAGGAGCAAGAACAGCGGCCACCGGAGCCGCAGCCCCAGUCAGAGCCAGGGUUACUGGGAAAGGAGGAAACAAAGACCAAGCAGUCGGAAGCCAGCAGUCUGCAGCAGCAGCCGGCUGUCAGCCCGACAACACCGGGGCAGUGCGAGCAAGAGGAGUGCAGACAGCAGCAACCGCCGGAGUCACAACUUGACGUAACCUUAGACGAAGCUGCAGGCAAAGAGCAACCUCCGCAGCCGCAAACAGAGCUUCAGUCAGAGCUGUUCAGCAAACAGGAGGAAAGAAGGCAGCACGAACAAGCGCCAGAGAAGGAAGGCAACAAAAGCGCAACAGCCACCACCGCCGCAGUGCUUUCCGCUGACAGCGAGCAACCCACGGAGCCUUUAGUACUGGGGAAGGAGGAAACAAAGCAGUUGGAAGCCAGCAAUGACUCCAGUCUGCAGCAGCAGCCGGCUGUCAGCCCGACAACACCGCGGCAGUGCGAGCAGGAGGAGAACACUGCAACAGUACACGAAGACUCAGGCAAAGAGCAAAACCGCCAACCGCAAGCGCCAGAGUUGGAAAGCAGCAAAAACACAACAGCCAACGGUGCCGCAGAGUCUUCGGCUGCCAGCCAGAAGCCUGCGGAGCCUUUGCUCACACCAGACUCGCUCGCUUUGGUUCAGAAGGUGCAAGCGAACAGGGACCAGCAGUCCGACGAGUCCUUCGAAGCACUUCUGCAGGCUUGCAAGCAGCACGAACUGUUUGCUGCGUUCGAGGCAGACUUCCUCGAACACUGGGAUUCAGAUGAGCCAUGGAUCUUUCAAGAGUCGGAAGAUCUUGAAUUGUUUUUCGAUUUCGUGCAAAGGAAGGCGAACUUAGACUUGCACCGUUUCGCCCGGGAAGCUUCGGACUCAGAGAGCUCGCAAGAGGACGUGUCCAAGACUAAGACUCAGACUCCGGCUGACAGCCAAGACAGAGCGCGCGCUGCUGACACUGCCACCCAGGCUGAUUGUUUUCCAAAAUCUUUCGGCUGGCAGCCACAGGACAGCGACAGCGACAGCGACAGUGUGUCGGGAAUGCUGGAAAUGGUAGCCCGAGCCAAAGACAAUGACGGGCAUGAGUCUGAGCCACGUAAUCAAGCAGCAAAGGAUCUUGGACCAGAGCGGCUGGUCCUUCAAGAGCCGGCGUUGUUUGCGCAAACCGAAGUGUGGAAGUUUUUGCAGCUUGCUUGGGGCAAAUUGUCCCAGCAGCAGCGACAAGACUGCCUGCUCAAUCUGACCAAACACACCCACUUCCGUGGCGAGGCAGGUGACACCUGGCGGCCAAGCGGGCCUUCCAUCGGGACGAUGUGCUCUGGCAGUGGAAUGGCAGAACUUGUGCACAGAGUUUUGACCGAGGCGUUGCAGACAAGAGAAGUGCUUGUGCACAGUUGCGAAAAAGAAAAGUACAAGAAAGGCCACCUGCUGCAGUACGUCGCUCCGAUCAUGGAGCAAGGCAACCCGGAUCCGGCUGUCAGCCAGAGGCACGGUUGCGUUUUCACAGAGUUUGCCUCAUUGGCAGGAACGUCAGCUUACUGCGAUCGCCACCAACGCACAUGCCGCAUCCAGCCAUCGCCGCUGCUUGUUGUUGUUGGAUACUCUUGCAAGCAACUUAGCAAAAUGAACAACGCCAGCAACGUCGGAGUGUUGAGAUCGCAGACAGGCUCCAGUGGGGAAACAUGCUUCGCACUCAUGAAGUAUUUGCGGCAGCACCGGCCCGUUGCUGCGCUGCUUGAAAAUGUGGAGGAGAUGUCCAGAGAAAGCCAGGAGUCAGACAACGUUGCUUUCUUUUUGGAGCAGCUGGAGGCUUUGGAGUACAGUUUGGCCACAAAGCUUCUCGAAGCGUCGCACUUUGGGUUGCCGCAGGCUCGCAAACGUGCCUGGCAGGUUCUCCUGAACAGGUCCGUGUUUGACUGCUCUACGGAAACCCUUGACUCCAUCGCACAGGCGAUCCUGAACACUGCUUCGUCUCUCGGCUGUCAGCCACGUCCGGCAGUGGAUUUCCUGCUUCCUGAUAACGAUCGCUACGUAGAGGAGGCUUGGCGGCAGAGGCAUCGCGAUUUCUUUGCGACCAAGAACAUCGCUUGGACAGAAAUUAAGCUGCCUGAGGUUGUGCAGAGCAGUCCCUGGGCCUGCCUACUCACAGAACGGGAAAAGGAGGUUCUGGCCUACAGUUUGAUGAAGCACUUUGCAGACGUCAAGGCCUCUGGGACGCCUUCCGCUGACAGCGAGGGCCGCCAGUUUGUUGCAGUAGACCUUUCGCAGAGGCUUGACCGAGCCCGAGUCACCAGUUCCCCCGACUUGUUUUUCACGAUGCUGCCAACCCAGAAAAUCUGGAUUUUGGCACGCAGCAAAGAGGGCCUGGUGCUUCACAACCGACUUCUGACGGGCAAGGAAUCCUUGAGGUUGCAAGGAUUUCCAGAAGUCUCGGAGCUGCAGGUGACUGACCACCAGCAGCAAGACCUUGGUGGCAACGCCUUCGCCAGCACAAUUUUGAUGGCAUUGCUUCUGUCGCUAUAUUCCCACCUUCCGCAAUACAUGUGGACCGACAAAGAGCAAGAAGAAACGGCUGCAGCUGAUGAUGUGGAGCGGUUGCUUUGUGAUAUAGACGACCUGGACUAG